CAGGAUGGCUGGAACAAACAGGCCGCAGAGGCCCCUCGGCGCGCGGCGAGCUCACCCCCGCCCAAGGCCCAGGGCGCUCCCCCGCGCGCGGCGGGGCUCCUCUGCCGCCGCGCCUCCCCUGCCCGUGGCCGCGCCAGGCUCGCGGCCAUGGCCUCCGCGGGUCUGCUCGCGGGGCGGGCCCCGCGGGGGCUGCUGGUCUGGCUCACGGCGCUCGCGGCCGCGCCAGGCUUGGAGGUUGACCUGAGGCGGUGGAUAUCACGGAUGCGCGUGAGCAGGGCCUACGGGGGUGACCUGGCGCAGAUGGCUCAAGACUACCGGGUCGUCGUGGCGAUGACGACGAUUCCGCCGCGCAUCCAGAGAAUUGAGCCAGUGAUUGAUGCUAUGCUGGCCCAGACGUGGCCGCUUGACAAGCUGUACCUCAGCAUCCCGUACAGGUACAAUCGCACUGGCGAGCCCUACAUCAUCCCUAAUUGGCUUAUAUCGAAGCCUGGUGUACAGAUUGCCCGCUGCGAGGACAUGGGGCCAGGCACUCAUUUGCUCAACGGGCUGCGGCUCGAGCAGGACCCUUGGACAUUCAUUGUCGUGGUUGACGACGAUCACAUCUACAGUCCCGACCUCGUGGAGACUCUGAUGCGAGCGGCACUCGCGCAUCCUGGCAACGCGGUGGCUGCCCAGGGCUUUCUUUCUGUGCCGGGGCUAGAGAUCACUGAGGACUCCCCGCGGUACUUGCAGGACCAGGGAUUCGCUGCUGGCCCAGUUCUGGUCAGCUACCUUGGAGUUGUCUACCAGCGGGGCUUCUUCGACGACAGCGUAUUCGACUACAGCCAGGCGGCGGAGCAGUGCAAGUACCAGGACGACAUGUGGUUCUCUGCCCACCUCGCGCUCAAGGGCAUCGGGCGAGUGGUGCUGGGGGCUGCGCUCGGCGUCCGGGAGCUCAGAGACAUGCACCUCGGGCCAGAGUCGCUGACGCACUGGACGGAGAACAGGCCCCGCCAGGUCAGCGCGAAGUGCAACGAUUCGCUGCUGCGCCGAGCCAGCGCCCUGUGGGCGUGCCGCCCUCGCCUCGUGCUGGCGCUCGGCAGGCUACCCCCGCGCCCCUCCGGCGGCCACUCCGGCGACGGGGCGGACGCGGGCCGGUGGAGCUCCGCCCUGGAGCCCGGACCUGACCUACCUCUGCACCAGCGCCCGCGACCGGGCGGGGCCGCGCUGGCCCGUGGGCGCGUCCUCCUGGCUGGGCGGGGUGCUGGUCACGGACUCCGACGCCUGCCCAGAGGGGCCCCAGGAGCCGCGGGUCGGGGAGCUGCUGCAGGACCCCUUGCGUUGGGAGGGCGACCCGAGCACGGUGGUCGUCCUGGGCGCCCUGGAGGAUGUCGUCGCGCAGAGUUCCGACCUGGUCGCGCUGGCCGAGUGUGCCGCCGCCCGGUUCCCCGGCGAGUGCGGGCGAGGCGGCGCCGGGCCCGUUGGCGGAGCCAGGCACGGCGCGGAGUCCGCGCUGGAUGUGGGGCCAGAUGCUGCCCGCGGAAGCUCGCCGUUUUGCCGGAUCGGCGAGCUCGCCGCUGUGGCGGUGGGCGCGCUGAGCGGCGGGCCGGGCGCGGCCAGGACAGCGAGCGCCUAGCGUGCGGCCUAGUGCUGAGCAAGAGAGGUGUUUUUCAUCGGCCGUGAUCCUGUCCCUACUUCUCCUCGUACUGCUGCUUCUCUUUCCUCCUCACCCCCCCUUCCUCCUCCUCCUCCUCCUCCUCCUC